AUGCAACUUCGGAACGUUCCUCUCCUUCUUGCAGGAGUUCUUCUUCCAGUGACUGAAGCUGCACUUCGCCAACACACUCUCGAGCUUACGUAUGGCACCCACAAUGCCGAUGGCACCACCCGCGAAUCGUGGCUCAUCAACGGGCAGACUCCAGGACCUCACCUGGUUUGGGACGAGGAUGAUGAGAUCUCAGUAAGGGUUGUCAACAAAGGACAUGAGCCUGUUGCCAUGCACUGGCAUGGUAUUGAACAAAUCGGCACGCCGUGGUCAGACGGUGUCCCUGGACUCACGCAAUGGCCUAUUCCAGUUCAAGGAGACUUUGUGUACAACUUUACGGUCAAACAAUCUGGCUUCCAAUGGUACCACUCUCACUACAAAAUGCAACUCGAUGAUGGCCUUAAAGGCACGAUUUAUAUCCGUCCGAAUCCGAAUAAGCCCAAGCCCUUUAGCCAAAUCUCGACUGACGCGGCUGUGAUCGAGAAACUCAAGCAGGCCGAAAACAACGCGCUCACCCUGAAUGUCUUUGACUAUAAGCACUACACCUCAGAGCACUGGAUGGCCGAGUGGGAGCGUACUGACGUCGAGCAGCUUUGUAUCGAUAACCUUUUGACCAACGGAAAGGGACCGGUCAUAUGCCCAGAUAUGAACGAGCUCAACGCGAUUGCUACUGCAGAUCAGAAACCAUUGACGAAGAAAGGAUGCAUGCAACCUGAUAACAAAUUGAUGUUCCCUUACCCUGAUUCUCAGCCUGGCCUUGUAUCGCCUUCAAUGUGGACCGAAUGCACCAACUCGAAUACCAGCUUUGAGGUGUUCUCUGUCAAGCAGUCUGACGGAUGGGUUGCAUUCAACCUACUGAAUAGCGGUGCACUCUGGGAUCUUCGUGUCUCGAUCGAUUCUCACAAGAUGUACUUUUUUGCUGCGGAUGGUCACUACACCAAGGUUCAAGUCGCAACUUCCAUCCUCAUCCCCAUUGGCGAACGCUACCAGUUUUUCGUCAAACUCGACCAAACCCCGGGCGAUUACCGCAUCCGCACUGCCGCCGUUGUUCUUCCUCAACUCAUCACUGGAUACUCAAUCCUUCACUAUACGGAUAAGACUGGCGCUGGACUGGUCGAGAUGAAGACUUUACCUGCUUCUAAGAAGCCUUGGAUUGACUAUGCCGGUAACAUCAUUAACGGCGGAACUGACCUCGUUAUGGGUAACCUGUCUCCGUACCCUGAUCUACCACCUCCUCAAGGCAAGGCAGACGUCACUAUCCCGCUGAACGUGACUCGUACUGGUGAAUUCGGAUGGGUUCUGAAUGGUAAAACCUGGACAUCACCCCCGGAUAACUUCACUCCCCUCCUGUUCCAGCCCAGCCAAUUCGCUUCUCUGGACGGGAGCACGUACUUCACAUACCCCAAUGGUUCAGUUGUCGACCUGAUUUUCACUGUCACUGCUGGAAACCCCGCAGUGCAUCCUCCUCAUCCGAUGCACAAGCAUGGUGUCAAAGCUUGGUUGCUUGGUUCAGGCGAUGGUCCUUUCCCGUAUGCGAGCAUCCAGGAUGCUGUGAACGCUGGAUACAAGGGUAUCAAUAUGAAGAACCCGCCGUUCAGGGAUGACUUUGUUACUCCUGUUGCGGUUACUGGACAGGCCUGGGCCGCCGUUCGUUUCCGCGCUGUUGACCCUGGCCCAAUCAUCCUCCACUGCCAUAUCGAUGCUCACCUAGCUACCGGAAUGGUUAUUGUUCUACUCGAAGGACCUGAGAAGCUCACUGGCAACUACGUUCCAAGUUACUAUCUCUCGAAGAACAAGCCUUGA